CGUAACAUGUAUAUUUUUUUUAUCGGGAAUAAGAAAAAAAUUAUUGUCCAAGAUCUUUUAUUAAAGCUUUCUACGUUAUUGACCAUAUAACAAUUAUCGGCUAGCAAUACAAAGUAUUUUCCCAGCCAAAUAUCACGUGUUCACUUCCCACACGCUUUUGUCUAAUUUGUAUUUCAAAAGUAAAGGGUGUUUCUAAGCCUGCAGUGAUUCAAUUUUCAGUACUGCAAUACAAAAGAAAAAUAACGUUCCUUUAAUGAUUAAAAAAAAUUUUAGCUCGCCGAACUCUUCGAAUAGCAAUUUCACUAUGAUAACUGUAUGUGGACCAAUGGCAUAAGUUAAUAAGUCAUAAGUUUGACAUCAGUUGCAUAUUCGCUUUUGUUUCUUCAUACUUUUAUUGUUUUGCAAUGGCGGAAAACAUCUCUGAAAUAAUUUUGAGCAAUGCUGCCGAGUUGAUAAUCCUUGGCCAAGUGAAACUCUGUGUGUGCGUUCCGGUUACGUGUACUUUUACACUCUUUAUACACUGCUAUUGCUUUUACUUACAUUACGGAGCAAUAAUAGUGUCUAAGUGUUAUUUAGCUCCAAAUGGCAUAUUGUUGUGCAGAAUUCUGAUGAAAUUAAAAUCGGCUAUCGCGAAAUUUAAUAAAAUUGUUAAAUAAAAACUAUAAAUUAUUUCUUUUUUGCAUACAUACUAUGUAGAUUAAUCUUUGCAAACGUCAAAUAUUUUUGCACUUACAUAUGCACAUACAUAUGUACAUACAUAUGUAGAUAAGACAAUGUCACUUUAACAAUUAAAGAUUUUGUUCUGGUCUAUUGGUUGUGAACGUAAACAGUGAAAUAGAAAUUAACAAAGAAUUACAUAUGUAUGUAUAGAUGUACAUAGGCCGCUACCGAAGUAUACUGUUUCGGGUAGUCGUGAGUUGAUAGGUGCGCGAUUCAUACGAUAUUCGGUGUCUCUACGUAACGCAACGAGCCAGGGCUUACAUCCGACCAAAGCAUUGCAAAUUAACUAAAAGAAAUAGUGCUAAUAACUCUUCUAAGCAACAACCAAUUAUUGUCUCACAAUUCUUCAAUAAUAAUUUAAAUACAUUUUCAUAUAAUAUAAACAUACAUGAUAUUGAGCCGUAACGUAUACUUCACUAUUGUGCACGACUUGUCUAAAAGAAGCAGCACAUAUAAUUCAACUACUUUGACAUUUCCAACUGUCAUCAGCACCUCUGCAAAAACAAUAAUUGCAGCCUGUGCUAGCAGAAAUUUACCCAACAUUUAUAAUAGAAUUUAACGCAAAGUCUUGAAAAAAUUAAUUUUAAUAACGCAGAUAAAAGACUAAUUAAUUUGUAAAAACUAAAGUAAUCACAAUGUCAGAUCUCGAUAAGUGGAUUGAGACAGUUAAGGAAUGUAAAUAUUUGCCAGAGAAUGACUUGAAAAAGCUAUGUGAUAUCGUGUGUGAAAUUUUACUUGAGGAAUCCAACAUACAACCAGUUAGCACGCCCGUCACAGUUUGCGGUGAUAUACAUGGACAGUUUUACGAUUUGGAAGAACUCUUCCGCACAGGUGGUCAAAUACCUGAUACUAACUACAUUUUCAUGGGUGAUUUUGUGGACCGAGGCUAUUAUAGUCUCGAAACAUUGACACGUCUGCUUACACUAAAGGCACGUUAUCCUGACCGCAUUACACUGCUUCGUGGCAAUCACGAAUCGAGACAAAUUACCAAAGUGUACGGCUUUUUCGAUGAAUGUUUCACCAAGUAUGGAAAUGCUAAUGCAUGGAAAUAUUGUUGCAAAGUUUUUGACCUGCUGACGAUUGCUGCGAUAAUUGAUGAAGAGGUGCUAUGCGUGCAUGGUGGUCUCAGCCCAGAAAUUAUCACACUUGACCAAAUACGUACUAUAGACCGUAAUGGGGAAAUUCCUUAUAAGGGUGCAUUCUGUGAUCUCGUGUGGUCGGAUCCAGAAGAUAUGGACCUGUGGGGACAGAGUCCGCGUGGUGCUGGUUGGUUAUUCGGCCAGCUAGUGACAAAGGACUUUAUGAAUAUUAACAAUUUAGAAUUGAUUUGUCGCGCACAUCAGCUUGUCAACGAAGGUAUUAAAUACAUGUUCGAUAGUAAGCUUGUAACAGUAUGGUCAGCGCCCAACUAUUGCUAUCGUUGUGGCAAUGUAGCAGCGAUUCUGACGUUUAAAACUGCGAAAGAUCGCACAACCAGUAUUUUUAAUGCGGUGCCAGAAACGGAUCGAGUCAUACCACAACAGAAUACGACACCAUAUUUUCUGUAAAGAAACAUAUCUAUUUGUCCACCCGCCCACUUGUGAUUGCUCAUCGUGGAGUAUUAUUUGCCUUUAACGUUUACGCUGUGUUCUUCUUUACUCCACGUUUUUGAUAUACUCGAUUUACUAUAGAUUUGAUAUGUAAGAAUCUAUUAAAAAAAAAUAAUUAUCUGUUAAACGUACAUACACAUGUAAUAACAAUAGCCAAACUAUAUAAAAUGUUGCAGUAUUGGUACCAACUGCGCUAUGCAAUUGUUGCAACUAGCCUGCAAUAUAUCACAACGUGUUUGAAUGCA